AUGUUUUGUAAAAAUACAGGAAAUGUUCCGAAAACAUGUACAAACCGAUGGGAAUCCUACGUCUUCAACGAUAAGGAGUAUAUUGUUCACAAUUUGCCAGUGAAUUGGGACAAUGCGAAGAUAUUAUGUCGGGGUCAUCAUAACGGCACUCUGGCAGUAUUGGACACGAAGGAUAAAUCGGAAUUCUUAGCUGAAGCUCUCUCCGAGUCACAAUUCCUGAUAGAAUCUGUGUGGAUAGCCGCACGCAGAGCGUCGGCAGAUGAUCCAGCCGGCUACAGAUGGCGGAACGGCGUGGAACUGAGGAGAACAGCAGCAGAUAUACUAGCUAAUACUGAAACUGAUGGUGAUGCGAGAAAACAUUUCCCCAUGAGACAGGAAAACAGUGAAGCAAAGCGGGUGCUUGCAAUUGGACAGACACUCGACUCAUCCCCCCGUGUUCAUGGAAGCGCGCUGCGAAAGGAAAAUGCAGUUCAUUUGCUACCAAGGUCAGUACCUUUCAGUCUAGAAUGUCCGAUUUCCAAAAUGUUUAGCGGUUGCAAAAUGCCUAAUUCUCAAAAUAUCCAGAUCCCAAAAAUUCCGUUAUUCCCGACAUGUCCAAUUCCCAAGAUGUCCAAUCUAAUAUAAUGAUGGUUUUGUUGUAUGGUCCCCUAGAUCCGCCCUUGCUGCGAUUGUAAAUUUUAACGCAACUUGAAUGGAUGAUCAAAAACCAGUGAUAUUAAGAUUUUCAGUUGGCCAAUAUUCUGUUGAUGUUUACGUGAUAAUUAUCAACAACUUACAUUUUGCCAUUAUACUGUCUACCUACAUCAUAUUGCAUCAUAUUCGCCUUGUUUUCCAGGUGUUCAGACUUUAGUAUCUUCCACUAUGAUGCCAAACGACGACAUCUACUACUAUGUGUUAGUGAGGCAACUGUUCUACUGGCAACAUGCAUAUGAUAACUGUCAAAAGAUGAACGGAACAUUAGCUAGUGUCGACAAUAGUGCUGUGCUCAUGCAAUUACUGCUAGCUAUGGGUGAAAAUAAAGAAGAACGUGAGUAUACUCUGUUCUUGGGACAGGAAUAAAACGCUACCUAAAUGACACAGAGUAUUAUGUCAGCGUUGAAAUUUCAGCAACAUGUGUCGCUAACUAUAGAAACCUGUAUACUUCCGCGAAAUACAGCGUCUACAGGACGUUAUAAUUCGCUGACACCCACCCCCCUCCCCUCUGUGAAGUAUAUAACAAAAAAUGGUACCUUUUCUUUCAACGCUCACAUAGUAUUUUGUAUCCAUUUUUUCACCUAUCCUAGAAACAAACUAUAUAAAAUAUAAUUAAAUUAUUUUAUAGCUAUCGUUUAA